GUUCGCAUUAGGGGACUGUAAGAAGCCUGUGUAUGAGUCUGCAUCACUGAUUGAAGAUAUUGUGCACCAUCAGAUGACUAUACUGCUACAGAGGGCAGCAGACGUCUGUAUGCUGAGAGGAGCGAGGUUUAUCAGUAUUGAAGAUUUCAUAUUUCUCAUGAGGAAUGAUCAUGAUAAACUGAAAAGACUGUUUCAAUUCUUGAGUUUCAAAGAUAUGGGAAUGAAACUAACACGACAAAUCAGUAUGGAUGAUGAAGAUGAUGUCACAGAUGAGCUGAAGGCCACACAGGCCAAGAGAAGAAAGUUAUGCCAAGACUUCCUGUCCAGUAUCGACCACACGGGGGAGCUGUCCAGUUUAUUAGAAUCCGAUGAGGUAGAUCCCAUCAAGCUGGAGAGACAGGAUAGGGCUGACCAGAAGGCCCGGGGAAUGGAUUUGAAUUCUUACAAGGAAUACACGGAGGCGAGGAGAAUGAACUUCAUCAGGAAAUCAAGCAAGUUCAAGGAGUGGUUAGACAUUGGUAACCUAGAACCCAAACCUAAUGCCUUUGCCAUGGAGAUUGUAGGAUUCCUUGCUCAUGAAACAGUAGCACAGAUCGUGGACCUCUCCCUGCUGGUCCAGCGUGACAUGCUCGCAUCUCCCUGCGACCCCAUCUCGAAAUCCAUGAGCCCGAUCUGCUUCAGUAACCUCUCCCCCUUAACGACCCACCCCCACCAUGCCAAGCUCAAAGCAGCCAACACCCCGCCCUCAACACCCUCACAAUCCCCCGUCCCUUCGUCCCCCAAAUCCCCCACGGACAAAAUGGUAUCGCCCUUCCUCUCAUCCACCAAUGGCAAUGGAGGCAACCUGAGUGCGUCGAAUAACAGCAACAACUCAGAUAGUUCAUCGCAGUCACAGGGGGACUCCAAGGCCCCUCUCACGCCUGGAGGGACUUCGAAGGCGAAGUCAAAGAAAAAGAAGAAGGACCGUGGUUCAUCUUUAGCAGCGUUGAGCCAGUAUCUUGCUAUCCAACCCCAUCACAUAAUGGAAGCUAUGAGGAGAUAUUCAGACGUCAUCCAACCAAUGGCUUACUUUUCGAAAUAUGUGACGCGGAUGAAACCCAAGUUACUGGUUUUGUAAUGGCUUGAUGAGACAUCUCUUAUGAAUUGAUUACUGCCAUCAUUCCUAUCAUCAUUCAUCACGUACUUAGCGAUUUCUGGAUCAAGAUACACAAUGGGUGAUUUCAAGUUCAGUGUUGGUGUUGAGAGUGUGAAACGCCUGCUGAACCAAGCUCCAACACCGAGCUGGGUGUAGAGGAACGAUACCGAUCCAAUAUUGAUAGCCUUUGAUGUCCCGCCUCUGCCUGAACUUUACGCGAGAACUUCUCGACAAAGAAAAUGAAAUUUGGGAGAAAUUACAGUAAUAUCUCAUCGUACAUAUUGCAAAGGCUAAAAUUACUUAAGGAUCCGAAAGAGUAAACAUUGUCCAUUAAAUUUUUUAAGACUUAAGAUCUGUAAAAAUCUAAUUUUACGGGAAUGUUUUCUCCUGCUCGCCGCCUGUACAUGGGCUUCACAUCACCAACACCAACACCGAACUUGAAAUCAUGAUUUUCCCAAACCCUGGGGGCUGGUGUUGGUGAAUGGGGUAAUUACACGUAGAUCGUCAACACCAGCUGUGAUGCUCCGUCAGCAGAUGACAUUCGACACCAGUGCCCAACACGAACUGCUGGAAAUACGUCUUAUUUUUCAAGGUCAAUUCCAACACCAGCAUCGUUUCAACACCGUAUAUGUACUUGAAAUCACCCAAUGUGAAAAGAAAAAAAAAGAAUUAGAAAAGUGGUAUAAGCUGGGUAAUUCAUAAUCAUUUAAUUGAAAAAAAAAGAUGCCUCACCUUUGGGUCAUCCCCCCCCCCGAUUGAGAUAUCCUUGCACCCUCCCCCCCUGAUCAAAAUUGAAAUGAUACAAGUUUCCAUAUAUGUCUACUUAAACGAGAUUGAUGCACUGUUUUUAUGAAAACCUUGAAUGAAAUGCAUUCCUAUUUACUUAUGCAAUUUGAUAUGUUUUAAAACUGAUGUUAUUUCAUUAGGCUAGAAGAUUAGAACAACAAUUGUUUUGUUGCUUUUAUGAAUAUCAUGAAUAAAUUAUUCAUGACACAACUUAUGUUUUUGUCAUUUACUUAACAAAUACAAGGAAGGUUUUCAAAAAAGAAGACGGUCUUUCAUUCUUAUAUUUGUAUUUUCUGAUAUGCUUAUGAAUAUGCAUGCUAAAAAGUACUUUAUGCAUAUUAGGGAGUUGAGUAAGAGAACAAUAAUUUGAUGAUGAACAUGCAUGUUAAAAAGUACUUUUAUUUAUAGUUUAUGCAUAUUUGGGAAUGUAGUGCACAAGUUAUUACAUUUAUGGUAUCUUUAAUGUAGACAAAGUAUGGCUGUGAAUCAAUUGAAAGUAUAAAUGUAUUUGGGGGGGGGGGAUUGGGAUGAAGUAUUUGAUUGUGUGAAAAUUAGAAUACCAUUUUGUAUUCAUUACUCAUGAUCUGCAAAAGACAGAGUAUACACUCAAUUUGCUCUUUCGUUUGAAAAUAUAGCUGCACUAUUGGAUGUUUUAGAUGUUUUAACAUCAAUCUUCAUAUAAAAGGAAUUCCUCCUGCCUACAAUUUGAGAUGGGUAUUUUGAAAGUGCUGCAUUAUUAUAACUCAUUUUAUUGAAAAUAGAAAAAGAAAACCCAUUGCCACCUCUUGCAAAGCUUGAAUUUGUAAAAUGCACAUCUGUUUUUUGUUUGACAUGGGUAGAUAUAUUGCAUGCAUUGUGAUCUGUUUUUUUUUUUACCUCUGCCUCGUAAUGUUGGUCCAUUUCUGUAUAUACACAUCUAUCAAAGAUGGCAAAAUAGUGAGAAAAUUUGGGUAUAUAUGUUUUGUGGCAAAGUGAUUGUUGCAAUUGUAACAACUAUAUUAGUUGAUUUUGGUUUUACAUGUUUGUGCAAGCUAAUUUUAGGCUGAAAAAAAUUGCCUCAAAACAAAGUGAAUUUCAAAUUGUUCACACGAUCAGCUAAAAAGUAAGAAAUUAAUGACAUUUUAUGUUUUACCUAAUAUCAGAAAACAGUAUGCAUUGAAGUCACCUCCUCACUACUUCCAAUUAUUUCAUGAGAAAGUUUUCUAAAUGAAGGUUGUCACAAUCUAGAUCAGGGGGGUGUUUCACAAAGAUUUAAGUAUGACUUAGAGUCGCACUUAAAUGUCUAGUUGCGCGCUGUAUAAAAGGCAUGACAGCAUAGGUCAGAUCAUGCCAAGAGGACGCGCACUAUUGCGUAUUGAUCAAUAAGAUUGCGCGUUGCAUAUCAUGUACGCGUCGACAUUUAAGUGCGACCGAAGUCAUAUUUAAAUCUUUGUGAAACACCCCCCUGAUAUAUUAAAAAAUCUAUGCUUGUGAAAUCAUGAAAUCUUAGCUCAAAACUGAUAGUGGGAAAAAAUACCUAACAUUUGAUGAAUUCCUUGCUUAUUUUGCUCAUUUCUCAGCAAUUACACAUUUUCUUCCAGAGUCAUUUGGUUGCUGUUUGAAUUUAUUUUGAGAUCGUUACAACUUGUAUUUAUCUUUAAUUCUUUUGUUUGAUCCUUGUUGGAAGUUAUUCUGAUCAAUUGUUGAAAAGUUAUACUGCCUAAGCCUGACGUUGAUUAAGAACACUCCUCAUGUCAAUGUUUUUAGUAUAAUUGUUACAUAGUAUUUAGAUCUCAUUUCAUUCAGUCAUAUAAAAUUGGUAUAGUGUAUCUGUAUGCUGUCAACAGUUCUUUGAUUUUCAUUCCAUAUUGCUGAUCUCCCAUUUCAACUGUUGUCGAUGCUUGCCAUUUUCAUAUUUUUUUAAUUAUUAAACUUGGGUUAUAUAUGUAUUUUCAUGGUAUCAGAUUUAGUUCACAAGUCUAUGAUUACACAGUAAAUGAAAGGUAGAAAAUCUUGAACAUUUUGGUAAGAUUGUUUAUUUCCAAAUAAGCUCUGGACCUUUACAAUAAAGACAAACAUACAUGUACAGGCAAUCUUUUGUAAUAAAAAUAUUUACAUUAUAUGAA